AGUUUCAAUUAAACUCUGUACAUUAUCUAUGUUAAAAGCAGAAAUGAAGGAAGUUGUGCUAAUCUUCAUCACAUUAUCCUUAGUUACGGCUCACGUAACUAGGGAUUGGUCUAAAAUUUUACCUUCACGCGAAACAGUUCACAGAGGAUACAAUCAGCUUGAAUCUUCUGAAGAUACAAGGAUCGUGGGAGGAAGUGAAGCUGUACCAAACUCCAUACCUUACCAAGCUGCCUUGAGACUAUUUUAUGAUGAUGGAUCAACGAAUUUCUGUGGAGGAUCUCUUAUCACCAAGAGAUACGUGCUAACAGCUGCACAUUGUUUGGUAGAUAAUCUUGUGUCGCUAGAAGUAAUUCUGGGUGCACAUAAGUUUCGUGAAAAUGAAGCUACUCAGCAAAGCAUUCCAACAUCUACGUUUAAAGUACAUGAACGAUUUAAUAACCAAACCCUAGAGAAUGAUGUAGGCGUCGUCUAUCUUGAAACACCAGCAGAAAUAAACCGCUAUGUUCAAGUGAUUGCACUUCCCAGUAGGGCUGACGUUUCGAAUAGUUUCGCGGGAUCUGCGGCAAUAGCAAGUGGUUGGGGAUAUACUUCUACUUCUGCUUCCGAUGUCACUGAAGCAUUGCGAUAUAUAAAUGUUACCAUUCUCACAAAAGCUGCGUGUAGUGUAACGUACAAGGACGUUAGAGAUUCAGUCAUUUGUUCUUCAGGAGCAGGCAAAAAAGGGCUUUGUGCUGGAGAUUCAGGCGGUCCUCUUGCGGCUAACAAAAAAUUGGUUGGUGUAGCUUCAUUUAGAGGUUUUAAUGGUUGCGAAGCUGGGGAUCCAUCUGGCUUUUCGAGGGUAACAUCAUUUCUAAACUGGAUCAAAGCAAACACUGAUGCUGUUAUUUCUUAAACGUUCCUAAGAACUGAUGUAAAUACUGCAAAUAAACGAUUAUUGCACCUAAAA